AUGAUUGUACAAGGGCUCCAGAAAAUCUGUGGUUGUGAUCCCCUCCAUUUCUAGUGCCUACAGGUUGUUGAGGAAGUAUUUGAAGAUAUAAGCAACAGCUCUCUGAUAUUUGGUGAUAUUCUGAAAGAAAUAAAGAGUGAGUUUGAGCUGUACGUGAUGAUGCUUCUGGAUCUGCCUAUAGCACAAUACAAGGCUCUGAAGGCUCAGGUCAAAAGGAUGGAAACAAAGCCUUUGAAGGUUCCAGAAAUACAGGCACUCAGGAAAGAUGUGCAAGUCCUCAUGAAGAAAGCCAGUACUGCUCUGGAAAGAAAUGAAGAACUGAAAUAUGAAUGGAAAAUAGUGCUACAGAUGAGCCAGACUCCAGAAAAUAAAACAAAAACCUGCAGCAGACAUGAGACAAAGAGGAUAGCAUGAAAACUGCUUUCUGUUUCUGAACAGCUUGAAUCUAUGAGGUGUAAAGUUCUUGAUAAAUGGGAGAAAAUGAGCUUACUGGAGACUCAGGAGAAAAAAACCAUAGUUUUUGCUGGGGUGAUGGAUAUAAUGGAAAACACUCUUAAAGAAAUAGAAGCAAGAAGUAUGAAAAUGAGCUCAUCAAGCACGUUUCUCACAGACCAGAUAAAAGUAAUUGAAGGAAAUGUCACAGACGUUUUAGAUACACUGAGAAUCACUCAGGAAAACCAAAGGUGA